UGCGCGGCAGGUCUCAGUGACGAGCGAUCACCAUGGCGGCGGGAGCAGCAGCAGCAGCAGCGGCGGCGGCAGCACCGGAGCACAAACGCGGCGCCAGCGAUGCAGCCACCCGGCGGAGGAGAGGCCCGGGGCCCAUCGCCACCGCCUACAUGGUCGUUUACAAUGUGGUGAUGACCGCCGGGUGGAUGGUCAUCGCAGUCGGUCUGAUUCGAGCUGGCUUGGCCAGGGGCACCUACCACGGUCUCUACUAUUCCAUUGAGAAGCCGCUGAAGUUCUUCCAGACAGGGGCACUGCUGGAGAUCCUUCAUUGUGCUGUAGGAAUUGUUCCAUCUUCCGUGGUCCUGACUGGUUUCCAGGUGAUGUCCCGUGUAUUCCUGACCUGGGCUGUGACGCACAGUGUGAAACAGGUGCAGAGCGAGGAUAGCGUGCUCCUGUUUGUCGCUGCCUGGACCCUGUCUGAGAUUGUGCGUUACUCCUUUUACACGUUCAGCCUGCUCAACCAUCUGCCCUACCCCAUCAAAUGGGCCAGGUACUCGCUGUUCAUCGGUCUCUACCCAAUGGGAGUGACAGGGGAGCUGCUGACGAUAUAUGCCGCUCUUCCACAUGUGCGGAGGAUGGGCUUGUACUCUGUCACCCUGCCGAACAAGUACAACGUCUCCUUUGACUACUACACUGUCCUGAUCAUGGUCAUGAUAUCCUACAUUCCACUUUUUCCCCAGCUCUAUUUCCACAUGCUUCGCCAGCGGAGGAAGGUCCUGGGCACGGCGGAACAGAGCAAGAAGAUCGAGUAGCCCACGCCACCUUCUGGGGGGAACAGGCGUCAGCAGAAGGGCUUUUACCUCAAAUCCUGACGGUCCCCGACUCCACGGGAUGAUCGCGCCACUUGUCUGAUAAACUCGCCCGACGCCGUUUCCCCGCGCGCCCACUUUGUGACCGAUGUCUGACGUAAAGGUGCUGUGUUCGUUGCACUAGUUGCAUGAAUUUAGAUUGUAGUCUUCUCCUGUUGGCUUCCAUGGGGGUCGAGGUGGGGGAUAGAACUUCUAGUAAUCUGCUUGUAAUCGUUGUCAUGAGGUGUCCAGGGGGAGCGACGUCUACCAGAGUUUCGAGUUCCGUGCGUCACCCUUUUCAAUAGCAUCUCUUCCCAGUUCUGUCGGGCAGAUCUUCUCCAUUCCCAGAGCCUCAGCCGGUGAAUCUCAUUGGGUUGCAAAUGGAAAUCUGGGUGACAAGAGCUCAGAACCUUUUGACUGGAUGGUACUGCUGUGGAAGAGGCCGUCGCUUGCUCCAGUACACCUCCCCUUGGUGGCAGAAGUCCCAGGGAUGAGGGAGAUGGGUAAGGGAGAUGUCCUUAAAACAUAGUCGUAGUGGAAACAGCCCCAACUUGCCCACACGGCCAACAUGUCCCAGCUACACUCGUCCCACCUGCCCGUGUUUGGCUAAUAUCCCUCCAAACCUGUCCUAUCCAUGUACCUGUCUAACUGUUUGUUAAACGAUGCCUCAACUAGGCAGCUUGUUCCGUACACCCACCACCCUUUGUGUGGGGGGGAAAAGUCACCCCUCAGAUUCUUAUUCAAUCUUUUCCCCUUCACCUUAAACCUAUGUCCUCUGGUCCUCGAUCCACCUACUCUGAGCCAGAGACUCUGUGCAUCUACACGAUCUAUUCCUCGUCUUGAAGUGAAACGAAGUAACCGCAAUGACUGCCUGGUUGAUCUCCCUUCAUGGUUUUGCACAGUUGAAUGGCGAAGUCAACCGUUGCCGAUGGUUGACCCCAGCCUGCUUGAGUUGCCAAUUCAAGUUGGACGCCACCCUGAAGUUGCCAUUUGACCCCCCCCCUUUUCCUGCUCCCUCGUCCACAGCAUCUUCCCCCGCCGAUCAAAAAGCAUCCAGGCCCUUCAAUCCCCAAUGGAUGCUCUGGGCUACACAUUUUUUUUUUAGUAACAACUGGUGUUCAAUACAUAUUAAAAAAAGAUGUUCUAAAGCCCCCAUUAGAUAACUCCAUUGACGUUCUCCUAAUGAUUUAAUUCCUGGGGACCUCCGAGCAAACCGGAAAGAUGGGCGACCCGAGGCCGCCCACAGUUUGUAUUGACCAACCUUUAUUGGAGAAAAGUUCAGAAUCUCCAUUAUAAGUCACCUGUUUUAUUUUCUCUUCUGCCCAGCGCUCUUUUUUGUCAAUGAACCGGCACCUCUUAAAAAGUUAUUUAAAAUCCGAUUUUCACUUCUUUUGAAUUUUUAAUAAUACAAAAAGAUGAAUAAAUUAAAUAAAUGUAAAAAUAAAAUAAGAUGAUUAAUAAUUAAUUUAAAAAAAAGAUUAAUGUUUAAAACCAAACUAAAAUGUAAUUACAUUUGUCAGUCAGGUUCUUAAGCAGUUUGCAUGACGAUUAUUUACCAUAGACACCAACAGCAAGGCACGAUGUGCAUACCCACACCUUUUUUUAAUCUACAAACAAAGCAUUACUUCCGCCUUUUCCCAUCUCCCAGCAAGAACUAUAUUUUGUAAAUCCGGUUCCCGUUUUUUCCCCCUUCCUAUUUUGAUGUCACCGAUGAAGAUUCACAGCAAAAUGCGACCAGUUUAGAGGAACCAGACUUAGUGGAGGAAUUUCCAACAACUUUGACCAACCCAAACCUUAACUACUCCGUUUACAAUCAAACUGCACUGAUAAAUCCUCUCUAGUUGUUCCUCUUAAAAAAAAAUACCUUGUGGGCUCUAACCUGUUAACUAAAACUUUUAACUAAAGGCAAGGCUCGUUUCAGCCAAUGCUGCACAGACUCAGUUCUUUUGUAUAUUUAGGGAUUGCUUUUUGUAAUUAAGGAUAUUUAAACUCUUAAGCGUUCCAAAAUUUGCACUUUUUUGCAUGGGAGCAUUUCUAAUGAGGUUUUUUGCAAGUAUAUCUUUGCAGAUGCGAGGGGCGGGGGGGGAUGGGAAGGAACUGACAAGGUUUCCGUGACUUGUUAGUUGUCGACCAAUUUGUUAAUCGUCUGGGAAAUGAGCAUGCUUGUCAUUGAUACUCGUUUUAUCUCCGUAACGUAAGGUUCCCUGUUGAAAGUGCAUGUUCUGUAAAACAGUGGCAAAAAUCCAUGGAUGCCGAUCCACCGGGAGCAAGACUUUGUUGCUUUAACUUCAUCCAACGGUCUUGUUAAAGUGUAGACUAGAUCCUGAGCUCUGAAGGAGGUGCUCUCGAGCAAGCUCACUCAGGCACAGAUCCGGUCAAAGGUGCUCCAGUCCAUGUUUAAUAAACUGGUGAAAUAGCAAACAAGGUCACGGGCUGUUAUUAAAGGGGCAAGACGUGGCAUCUGAAUCCUUCCGGUUGAAUAAAGACUGCGUGGCGCGGUAAAGGAGUCGUACAUCAUGGUCAGGCCAUUUUGGAGUUGGGUCGUUUACCAAUGUCAUUCAGUGGUGGGUUCCAUCGAUGCUGUCUGGUAGGUGAAGAGUCAUGGAGUUAUGCAGAGUGGAAACGCUUUCUUCGUCCCAACUUGCCCACACCGACCCAUCUACAAUAGAUAGACACAAAAAACUGCUGGAAUAACUCAGCGGGUCAGGCAGCAUCUCUGGAGAAAAGGAAUAGGCAGCAUUUCAGGUCAGCCCGUAGACUGAAGAAGGGUCUCGAUCUGAAUGGUCUACAAUUACUCCAGCUUUUUGUACCCAUCUCUACUAAUCCCAUUUGCUCGCACUUAGUCCGUAGCCUUCAAUGUAAGUGUUUUGUCUCGAUACUGAAUGCCUCCGGGCACUUAGUACUUUCGCUCAAGAAUCCGGCAUCUGCAGUUUCUUGUGUCUCCAAAAUUUAAGAAAACGGUCACACAUAUAACACAUUUACUUUUUCAAGGGAAAUGAAGUAAGUUUUUAAGUACAUUGUGUAAUAAUGUGAGGAAUGUCAGCAAAUUUGUGCACAGCUCGAUCGCACCAACGAGGGAAAUGACAAUAUUGUUUAGGUGACAUGAGAGAUUUACUUUGACGUGUAAGAGUGUAAUCAACCUGAGUUCAUUGAUAAACCUGUUCGCAUCUUA